UCUUCAGAAUUAUCAUCUCACCCAUUUAUAACCCCAUCUCGCUUCGAGUUUCAAAGCUUCUUCUUCUUCUUAAAAACCCGACGACACGAAAAGAAUCGAUAGCGUUCUUCAAUGGAUGAUAAUCUCCCUCCUGGAUUCAGAUUCCACCCUACUGAUGAAGAACUCAUUUCUUAUUACCUCACUCAAAAGAUUUCUGAUUCUUCUUUUACCUCUAAAGUAAUUGCGGUCGUCGAUCUCAACAAGAACGAGCCUUGGGAUCUCCCAGCCAAAGCUUCGAUGGGAGAGAAAGAAUGGUACUUUUUCAGCUUGAGAGAUCGAAAGUAUCCAACAGGGCUUCGAACAAAUCGAGCCACAGAAGCUGGCUAUUGGAAGACAACAGGAAAGGACAAGGAAAUCUUUGGAGGUGGUGCGUUGGUUGGAAUGAAAAAAACCCUUGUCUUUUACCAGGGAAGAGCCCCUAGAGGCGAGAAAAGUAAUUGGGUUAUGCACGAAUACCGCCUCGAAAACAACCAUUUUUUCAAGCCUUCCAAGGAAGAAUGGGUAGUUUGCAGGGUGUUUCAGAAGCAAAAUCCACCAAAAAAGCCACAGCAAUCAUCGUCCUCUCAGCCUUGUCCUUCAUCUCCAUGUGAUACAAACUCAAUUGUGAAUGAAUUUGGAGAUAUUGAAUUAUCAAAUUUCAAUGGGUCGUCUUGUAAUUUCACCAAUAAUGUUUCAGCUCAAGCAUAUGAAACCAACAACAUGAACAUGAACAUGAAUUGGGGUGCACCAAUGAAUGACCAAACAGCUUCAAUUAGCACUCUUCCUUCACUUUCAUCAUGGCCACCUAAUCCCAAUCUUCUAACUUCAAAUCUUUCAAUGAAUUCCCUUCUUCUCAAGGCAUUGCAACUUAGAACCAUGAACCAUUCUCAAUUUGGAACUAACCAUUUGAGCUUCCAAGCUUCUUCUUCUUCUUCCAAAGUUUUCGAGUCUCCGCAGCAGCAGCAGCAGCAGCAGCAGCAGCAACAACAGGAGCAACCAUUGAACUUGGACUCCCUCUGGUGAAAAUGCCACGCUAAUUAACGCUCUUUGUAAUAUGUGAGAUCAAUAAGGGAAGUUUAGGUAUAUGUAAUUUGAAUGUGAAGUUUUAGGGUUUCGUUGAAAAUGUUGUAUGUUGAUGUUGAUGUUGAACCAAAAUCCAUUUCAGUGUUAAGGGUUUGGGGAGAAACCCCAAGUCCUUUUGUUUCAAA